AGUUAAACAUAAGAUUAUCAAACAGGUGGAAUACCAGCUAAGUGACAUGAGCCUUCUGGCAAAUGAAAAUUUGGCGAAACAAAUGAGCAAAGAUCCCGAAGGUUAUGUUCUAAUAAGUUCUGUUGCAUCAACAAAGAAAAUCAAAUCUCUUCUUAGUAGUUGUAGCAGUAAUGAAGUUCUAGCUCAAGCUCUACAAUCUUCAACAAAACUGAUCGUAAGCAGUGAUGGGAAGAAGGUCAAACGGAGAAAUCCCUUUACGGAGAAGGACAAAGAGGAGCUGCAGUCUCGCACGGUUGUGGCUGAGAAUUUACCAGAUGACCAUUCCCACCACAACAUUGAAAGGAUAUUCAAUGUGGUUGGAAGUGUGAAAACCAUCAGAAUUUGUCAUCCUCAGGACCCAAAUUCAUCUCGUUCCAAAGGAGAAUAUUUUAUUAGCAACAAGUUGCACGCUCUGGUAGAGUUUGAGAGCCCUGAAAUAGCAGAGAAAGCUGCUGAGAAGUUGAAUGAUGAGAGGAACUGGAGAAAAGGGUUGCGUGUAAAGCUCCUUCUUAGGCGCUCGCCAAGAUCUGUGUUAAAGAGCAGGAAAUCGGAAUUUGAAGGUUGCUUGGAAGAUGAUGAUCAAGGUUCACCCCAUGACACAACAGAAGAUUCAUCUCUACUAAAUCAAUCAGAAUCACCCGACGCUAAUACGGAGGAGAGCUCAUCAUCAGCAGCCAACUCAAAGAAAGGAUGGGGAAAGGGACGAGGGAAAACCAGGCCGCGCGUGCUGACUCACGGCGGUGGCGGAAGCGGUCGCGGCCUUCUGCCUUUGUCUCCGCCGUGCAGCAGUGAAUCGCCGGCUAAACUAGCAAACAAGGGACCCAGAAUGCCGGACGGAACCAGAGGCUUCACCAUGGGAAGAGGAAAGCCACUCACCCCCACUGCUCCAUCCACUGUGCCAUGCAUUUAAUCACUGUUUAGAUACAGAGUGCAUUAUUGUUUUCUUCGUCUGAUCAGUUUUGAUAGCUCCUAUAGAAAUUAAAGGAGACUUAUAGAAAAAAGUGACAUCCUUUUUUUGUCACGCAUUAGCGCAUAUUUUGUGGCUAAUAAUAUGUUUUUUCCCGGACAUUCUUGGAUUAUUCAAUUCUACAGCUACGUACAGUGCUGAUCGAGAAGUCUUUAGUGUUUUUUCCCGGACAUUCUUGGAUUAUCUCAAACGUUAAAUUGAACUAUAAUCACAA